UUCUCGAAUGGUAAUCUUCCCUGGGUGAAGUGAACCCUUCCGAUGGUCGCCAUUUGAGCGGAUUUUCGCUUCUUCUUCCGCUCAAAUGGCGUCUUCUUUCUCAGUUAAUGCUUUCUCACUCAAUUCCCAAUCCGAACUUCACCACUCCAAAACUCUAAUCUCAACAGUCGGCACGGCCCUCAAACACACUAACCCAUCCCAAGCACAAAAACCUCUCUCUCUUCACAAGUCCCCGAGACCCGUUCAUCUCUCCUCCAUAUCUUGCUUCCAAUUUCCGGUUAUUCAAAAAUCCUCUUCAAAUCCCUCACUCCUGAAAAAGCUCUCCAUGUUUUGCGCUGAAAGGAUUGCAGUUUUCCUUGUUGGGUCUUUCAUUUUCGCAGGUUUUCUUGGUUGUAAGCCGGCUAUUGCUUUACCUGUUCAGAAGGGCAGUUACAGUGAGAAGAUAGAGGAAAAGAGAGAGACCCAGAUUGGUGAUAGUGACGAACAAGAGAUGUAUGCGAAGUUAUUGGAGGGGGAUCCAAGAAAUGUUGAAGCAUUGAAGUUGGUAGUGAAUGGAAAGAUGAGGAAAGGGAAGACUAAGGAGGCCCUGCAGUAUGUGGAGAGAUUGAUUGAUGUCCAGCCGGAGGAAGUUGAGUGGCGGCUUCUGCAGGCGCUUUGUUAUGAGAUGAUGGGGCAGUUGAGCAAGGCCAAGCGGCUGUUCAAGGAAAUAUUGGCCCAGAGGCCUCUCUUACUUAGAGCCUUGCAUGCCUUGGCAAUGGUGAUGCACAAGAACCAUGAAGGUCCAGCUAUAUUCGACAUGCUAGGGAAGGCUUUAGAAGUUGCUCAUAGUGAGCAAAGAGUCAAUGAGGAGAGAAACAUUAGAAUUUUAAUUGCACAAAUGCAUGUUGUGAAGGGGGAAUUGGAGGAAGGCUUGAAAAAUUUUCAAACCCUGGUUGAUGAGAAUCCAAGGGAUUUUCGGCCUCAUCUUUGCCGGGGAAUAAUAUACAGUCUGAUGGAGAGGAAGAAGGAAGCGGAGGAAAAUUUUGAGCUAUUCAGAAGCCUCGUACCUGAUGAAUACCCGCAGAGAGUAUUCCUGGACGAUGUUGUGUUGGCAGCCAAAACAAGCUCCCAGCAGCAGUUUGAGAAGGAGUUUAGAGCCCAGUUCCCUCGUCACAGCAACCACCCGACCCGACCCGGUAGCCAGUAGUAGGUUGGUCUCAGUUCCUUCAAUUAAUUUAAUUUUUCUCUAAAUAAAUUAAUUUCUAGGAAUGAGAAAUUUAUUAGGACUUCUCAUUUGUAUGGUCACACUAAAUAGACAUUCUUUAUGUAUUAGUAUAGAUUAAAUAUAAAGUUGAUGGCUUAUAUGAA